GCUUGAUGCUCGAUAGUUGAUAGCAAUUUAUACUUUACAGUGUCUUUUUAUUCGUUACGGUUACGGGUCAAUUUUUGUCUUCUGUGUAGUUACAGAUUGAGUUAUUUAAAUAUUAAUUUGUUUAUUUAUUGCCAAUUAUUCUAUGAUAUGAUGGCGAAUUUAUAAAUAGGAAUUUCUUGACUCUGAUCUACAUAGCCUUCUGUUCAACAUUUUUCAUCACUAUCACAUUUCAUUUUAGAUAUUACUGUAGUCGCCGCGACCUGUUUAAAACUGUUAUAAUUUUACUGUCUAUGUAAUAUUCAUUUCAAAUUAUCCUUUAUGUUACACUUGUGUUAUGGGUUUCUUCAAUUCAUUAAGAAAUAUAAAAAGAUGGUUUACUGACAAGGCUGGACUUUCUGGACCUAGAGGACCAACUAAACGUAAACAUGAAGAAUGUGAAGUUUUAAAUAAUAAAAGAGUGCGCAUGGAUGACAGUCUUGUAGAAAUUGUUGAAAUCAGCGAUGAAUCCCUAUCUGAAACCGAAGAGGUGGAAAUUACUGAACCCGGUCCAUCCACUGUACCACUCAGAGCCAGUCCACCUGUUAUGCUUAUUGAGGGCAGACAGCAUCCAAGAAGAACUAUGUCACCAGUUAGGACAAUAGAUUUAACUGAAAAUAAUGAUGAAGAUAACAAAAUUAAAAUUAUUCGAUCAUAUAGCUUAUCAAGUCCACAACAUAAAACUAACCGAAGUACAGAAAUGGUUAGAAGUGCUAGUACCAAGGCUAUACUAGAAGAUAGAUCUUCAAUUACAGCUUCAAUCAAAGGAACAAAAAAAUUGAGUUUCAAUAUGGAAGGCGGAUUUUCUGCAUUAAAAAUUAAUGAUACAUCAACUAAUUCUAACAUAGAUAAAUCAUUUGCAAUGGUUUUAAAACAUUAUGUUACGCCAAAACCAGAAACCACCAACACUAUGUCAGUUUCUAGUUCUAAAUCGCCAAUUAGUAUUCAUAAAGAAAAUAUUUUAAAUCAAUCCAAAUUAUCUCAAACGUCUGGUAAAGAAAAUUUAGACAUUCCAGAAUUAAGUCUUCACAAGAAUAGAAUUAUCAAGCAAGAAUUGUUUUAUGAACGUAUACUAAGAAAAUUUAAAGAGAAACAAGCAGCUGCAAUUCUAAAUUCUGCUACAAUAAUUAAGCAAAAAUCACCCGAGGAUAUUUUCCAAGAAAAACUAGAGAUUAUGAAAAAAGAAUUAAAUAAAAUAGAACCUCAAAAGAAAAAUGAUAUUUUUCCUGGUUAUUCUAAAGAAAUAUCUGAAUCUAUUGCACUUCAAAUGUCUGGACCAUUAAAUGAAUAUAUUGUUAAAGGGAAAAAUAUUAAAAAAAUGGAUUUAAAAACUAUAUAUUUACCUACUGCUUGGUUAAAUGAUGAAGUUAUAAAUCAUUAUUUAGGUAUGAUAGUUGAUCGUGAUCCAAUUAACAUACACUCGUUUGAUACAUUUUUUUAUUCUAAAUUAUCAUCACAAGGAUAUCAAUCUGUUCGACGGUGGUCAAGGAAAAAAGAUAUAUUUGCAUGUAAAAAAAUGUUCAGUCCUAUUCACUUGGGGAACCAUUGGUGUCUCGUAUGUGUAAACUUCAUUGAUAAAACUGUAAAAUAUUAUGAUAGUUUAAAAGGUAAAAAUCCUCAAUGUUUAAAUAUCAUUUUUGACUAUCUAAAACAAGAGUAUGAGAACAAAAAGAAUGAAAAAUUUGACUGCAGCGGAUGGAAAAUAAUGGAUGCUGAAGAUUGUCCAACACAAAAAAAUGGUUAUGAUUGUGGGGUGUUUACUUGUGUCAAUGCAGAGUACCUAUCUCGUGAUGCUGAAUUGAAUUUUGUACAGGAAGAUAUGCCUAAAUUAAGGAAUAGGAUAUGUUAUGAGAUCUUAAACAAUCGUUUAUGUUAUUAAACUAAGUCAUCUGUUUCCUAUAAUAUUGAGUUAAUUUUAUUCUUAUUUUUCAAGUUGUAUAGAAUAUCUAUUAAAUAUAUAUUAAUGAAUAUAAGAUUGACAAGAGGAACAACAUUCCUUAAUCACCUUAUUGGUUGCUUUUUAAAGUACAUGAAAUCUACUGUUAAAUAUUAUAUAUAAUAUACUUUUCAUUUCAAGUUUUCAAUAAAAAUGUUGGCCUACAUAUGAUAAAAUAAUAUUUUUUAUGUAUAUAAAAAAUUAGUACCACUAAAUUGAAUCCACUUCCUAUUAUAUAAGACAAUUUAUGUUAAAAUGUAACUUAAUAAAAUUAUAAUUA